UUGAAUAUGGAUCUCCGCAGAGCCACCGCGUGUGGUCUACUGGUAAUACUAGCAGCAACAAGUCUUUCCCAAACAGAAGAGUUUGUAUGUCCAACCGAUGAUGACAUCACAGCUUAUCCGAACCCGGAGUCGUGCAAGAAGUACUACCGCUGCACGUUUGGCGUCCUGGAGGACCUGACCUGCCCUUACACGCUGUACUUUGACGCCAUCAGUCUUGGUUGCACGUUUUCCGAAAGUGUUCGCUGCAUCGAAGGUACCGAAGUGGAGAAAUGGGAUCGGCCGAUCUGCGCCAACGACGGCCAAGACGUGAAGCUGGUUCCGCACCAGUCCAUCUGUGCCAGGUAUUAUCUGUGUUUGGGCUCGAACGCAGUGGCGAAGCGGUGCGAGGAUGGUUUGCUAUUUGAUGAAGUUUCACGACGAUGUACUUAUAAGGAGCAAGCACGGUGUCACGUGGAUCCCUGGUGUCCGGAGUAUGAUCAACUUCAGGAUAUAAGGUUUUUCAACGAUCCGGAAGACUGCGCUAGAUAUGCCGUGUGCUAUAACCGUCAAUUACACUAUCAAUACUGCGCUGAAGGACUGUUCUUCAACGUUGAAAAGCAAGAGUGUGUCCAUCACGGCUUAUCAGAUUGUAAAGUUCGUGGCGUUGAGUGCGAUCGGAAUGCAUUGGUUCCUCAUCCCAGUAGAUGCGAAAGCUAUUACGAUUGUUCCGGUUUGUAUCCUAGUUUACGCAAAUGUGCGGAUGGUUUAUAUUUCGAUGCGGAAGUGCAAAACUGUGUUCUAGACAAUGGACAGUGCACACCCCAGGUCAGCAGCAGCACUACGAUUGAUACUACUCCCGUGGAUACGACAACAGCAACAAGCAGCAUUGUUAGCAGUACUACCGUAGCGACUACUACUGCAGAUAAUGACGAUGGUGGAGCUGUUUUCAGACACUACGGAAGUUCCUACUAGAAGUUCCAACAAAUAAAUAAUAUGUUUUAUUUUGGGAACAAGAGAGAGAAUAUUACAGUAUUCUAAUGUUAGUAAACUGCUGUUGGUCGGCUGUAGAAACGAG